GUGGGAAUGUCACCCGGAAGUAAGUCCUAGUUGUGGCGGUGUCUGCCUUCAUUUUUUCCUCAGGGGUGGUGGCCGCUGUUUUUGCUACAACAGCUUCCAGAUCAGUAGAGUCAAAGCAUGGGAAUGUCGGGAGGGGCUUUCUUACUUAACUCAAGCUAAAGUCUAAUACAAGUUACUGUAAGUUUGUCUCACGGACCCUGAAUCCCUGCUGUCCGCUCAAAGACUGUUUUCAGAGAAGUUUUUGGAACGUUUCACCAGAUAACGAUCCCGGACAAAGGAAACCAGAGCUAACGUCAGCUACCUGGGGUAACUCAGCAUUCCAUUUGCUGCGGCGCAAUGCAGGCCAUAAAGUGUGUCGUUGUAGGUGACGGAGCUGUGGGUAAGACUUGCCUGCUCAUCAGCUAUACCACCAAUGCCUUCCCUGGAGAGUACAUCCCCACAGUGUUUGACAAUUACUCUGCCAAUGUUAUGGUUGACGGAAAACCGGUGAACUUGGGCCUUUGGGAUACAGCAGGACAGGAAGAUUAUGACCGUCUGCGCCCACUUUCCUACCCUCAGACGGAUGUAUUUAUCAUCUGCUUUUCACUGGUGAGCCCCGCCUCGUUUGAAAACGUCCGCGCAAAGUGGUACUCGGAGGUGAGACACCAUUGUCCCAAUACUCCCAUCAUCUUGGUGGGCACCAAACUGGAUCUAAGAGAUGACAAGGACACCAUAGAAAAGCUGAGGGAGAAGAAACUCAGUCCAAUCACCUAUCCUCAAGGACUGGCAAUGGCCAAGGAAAUUGGUUCAGUCAAGUAUCAGGAGUGCUCAGCCUUGACUCAGCGUGGCCUUAAAACUGUGUUUGAUGAGGCUAUACGUGCCGUCCUCUGUCCUUCAUCUGUGAUGAAGAAGAAGAAAAACUGCUCUCUUCUCUAGGACUCACAGGAGGCUCUACACUAUCCACUCAAACAAAAAUGUACUUCAGUUUGUUUUCUCCUAUAUGUGUAUCUGCAACACUUACACCAACACACUACUCUUGGAGUAUUUAUCGUGGUAUCAGAUUCAGGGUUGAAUUAUUUCAGUUCAUGUUGUACUGUACAGAAAAACAGUCAUGAAGUUUUUUAAAGGCCUUUUUAGAUGUAUAAGGUGUUAUAUAGGUAAAAAUGAACAAUGGAAUGUCUUUCUGUUUGUUGCUUCCACUGGUUGUCGAUCUUCUUUUUUGUUUACAGUCUCUGGUUGGUUGCCUUUGUGGCAAAAGAAACAUAGCCAAAAUACAUCUCGAUCACUUUCUGUACUUAAGCCAAAACAAAAUUAAACCGUGCUGUUGGGUCUUAAACCUCUAGAAAACAGUACUGACUUGCAGCUGUUUGCUUAGCUUGCAAAAUAUAUGAUAUUCCACUGCAGGGGCAUCCACUGUUCACGAGGAUGUUAAAGCCUGGGUCAUGCUUUCUGCAUUGGGAUUUUCGGGGUACCUCAGUCUGGUCAGUAGAAAGCUGUACUUUCCAAGAUGUUUGCCAAAGAGAACCCUAUCAAAACUGAUGAUGCCAACCAAAAUAUGGCAAAUGGAGAGGGAAAAAAGUACCUGUCUGCUGUUUUAACUCAGGAAAAAAACAAGCAUGAGAAGGUCUAGGCUUCUGCCGCUUAGAGGUCAAAGUGUCAGUAGAGGAAAAAUACAGCAGCAGUGAAACCUUAAGAACUGUCAUUCAGUCUUGCCGUUUACCUCAUAAAAUGCUCAAAACGGCAUUACAAGUGCAGUGCAACAUGUACCACAUCCUUACAGGACACCUAUGUGUGCAGCUAGGGUGUGCCUUAUACAAAAGCUUUACUGCAAGUGUAUGGUGGCUGAGAACUCGUGUAGAGAGCAUUGACCCAGGCCCAGCAUGAUAAAUCUGUGAAGCUCUUGUGCCUUGAAAGACUGCACGUGUAGCAUUUACACUCCAGUUCCUAGCACAUGGUCCAUGUUAAUUCAUUCUAAUGAAAUACUUACACAAGAGACCCACUAAAACAGAAUUGUGCAAAGAUCUGCUGAUAAUAACACCCCAUUUCAUCUCUUAAAUAUUAAAUCUAAUUCAGUAUUUUAUCUCUUUGGACCUGUUGUACAUGAUGUAUUUUUUUUUUUUUUUGCCUUUAUAUGUAAUACUUUCCCUUGGAAAUAUCUGGUGGUGGGGUACAGGAGCAACUUUAAUGCUCUCAGGGCAUUUAUCAGAAACCUUUUGCAGCAUAAUUGUUUUUUUUUUAAACCAGUAUCACCUCAGGCUGAGCGAUAAUAUCUGUGUCAUAACAGUAAGAUAUCUACUGUUGGCUCUGGUGUCCUGUACUGUGUAGCCAUUGUUAUCAUUGUGAUGUACAAUUUUCUAUCUUUUUUUCCCACAGAGAUAACACUGUUCCUGCUGUAUUGUCCAAUUAACACUAUGACUAUCCUUUUUAAUUACCUCUAAAGUUAACACUACCUUUCUCUCCCUUAUUUGCUUUUGGUUAUUAAUGUUAAUCACAUGUGCAACAUAUACUGAUAACAAAGAUUAUAAAUGCUACAGUUAUAUUAUGACAAUGUAUCUGAACUACUCAAGACAAUGUAUCUGAACUACUCAAGUAGGUGUUAAGUACAUGUUGCUUCGUGAUGUCUUCUGACAUGAAGCUCUGCUUUAUUUCAAGCCAAUGUUGUGAGAUUCUUUGGUUUCAUGGAUGAAAGACAUCUUAACUUUUUGAAAAAUCCAAUAAAUUCCAGGGAAAAACAAAC